UAGUUAACUCAGAGUUAUUCUCAGUCAGAAAGUAACCAGGUGAUUGCAGGUGUGAUAUACUUAGAAUUCCGUUUGUUCUUUCAAAACUAUUUUAUAAAGUUUCAAACGAACUGAUACAUAUUUACCAAAUCAUGGGUGCUCAGGGACUUGCAGCAAUUUUCUUAAUCAGCAUAAUUGUAUUUGUAAAUGCUGGUGAUAUGAUGAGAAAAAGUAUUGUGUUUGAUAAAAAUACACCAGAUGUAUUUUAUUGUCCUCAACACAAACCCACGGGUUUUGAAAAAAUGAUUGUUAAAGCUAAACCAUUGUCAAAACUCUGUCAAUUUGAAGGUGGGCCUAUUCCUGAAGAUUACAAGAGCGAUUGUUACAAUGACGUUGAUGAAACUGAAUAUGCUUGUAAAGAAAAGUACAGAAUAAUGAAACGAAUGAAAAAAUUGGAAACAGACAGCGAGCCGUUCGACAACGAGUACACCGACAAAUAGAUGAAUAUUCAUGAUGCUAUAUAUGACGCUAUUCAUCGUCAUCUAUGCGGGAUAACACGAUACAUUAUACACUAAGCUAAUGGGCAAUACCAUCCAAGCUAAUAAUAAUAAUAAUAAUUAUAAUAAUAAUAUACGACGCUAUCAAUUAUUACUAUUAUUUA